CAAACCCACUGCGGACUGGCCUCCAACAGCACGGCUGUACGUUUGAACUCUGAGGCGGUUUCUCCUUUUUUGUUUUCAGCAAGCAGACAAUGUGUUCUUGUUAUGAUCCAGUUGAGAACCUUGGCCUGUUUGCUCUGUCAUAGGCCAAACGGCUAUUACGACCAAAGCAAUUGUCCAUUGUUCGCUCCUGAAUGAAGUCUCUCUCUCCUAAUCUGGCCUUAGACUGUAGAGCUGCUCAAAGUCUCACAGCAAUGUGUACACAAUCCAAAGUACGACUGAAGAGUGUUGACUGAAUAAUCACCCAAAAGCACAAAUAAUAAGGUUAAAAAAACAGCCAACGCGCGAUUCAGCAGGUCGUUGCGAUUGCGUUUCCUAUUGCUGAGACAGCAUGAACUCCAAUACAUUAGUGUUAUCGGGAUAAAUGCACUCUUUCCACGGAGAGAACACUUCCAUAACGUGCCAGCAGACGGGAGUUUUAAUGGCCUCCAGAGGGACAAGUGGCUGUUUUGAAGUCAGGAACAAAUGUUUUAUUGAAUGCUGAACCGUUGGCAUAGUGACACCGGGCAAGCUAACAAGCUUUUUAUUAGACCAUGCGCUGUAAAAAGUGACAGGUUACAAGAAACAGAGAUUCGCCAAAUAGUAAUCCUACAGUAGGUACAGUUAGGAUGCGCAUAAGAUGCACUGUGGUACUUUUGAACUCCACUUGCUAACGAUGACAUUGCAAUGAGCAACUGUAAUCUGAACUGUAAUCUGAACUUCAUUGUCGGAACAGCGGUGCUGGAAAAGGCUUCAACCUUUUUCUGUGAUGUUCUAUACGAUCCUACAGCUGAGGCACCCACGCAUGGAACAGAAUCAUGGCCUUAUUUGGGAAUGGAAGUGGGCUGCCCGAAUGUUCCCCCCUGCGUCUGUGCUAAGCAGACAAAAUACAAAAUAUAGACACACAAAGGCUUGCAUGAUUAAUUUAUCCGAGUAUUAUUGCAGAAAUUGAAUGUGGAAAUGUUGCCAAAGCUAAUACAGAGCCUUUUUGGUAUCCAUUGUACAUGGUAGAAAGAGUUUUUUGGGGGGGAAUGGCUGCAACCAGAUAAAAUGUGCUGGAAAACCAUGAUGCAAAGAAGAGUGGCGUUCAAGAAAAACAUACAAGAACUGGGCUUUGCUCCUUGAAUGGGUUAGGGUAAGAGUGUUGCUGAAAAAAUGCAUCAGAGGACAUCAACAUGACCUCUUUAAAUGUAGCCCAUCAUGCUCAUGACGACAAAUGUUGCGCCAUGCUGACCUCUAGCGGAUGAUAUAAAUAUUGCAGAAACACCUUUGCGAUACAGUGAAUGGGGAAAUUCCCUUCCAUUAUUAUGCACUACUGCAAACUACAGCCACAAUAAUUAACAUAUUACAUAAGUAACUACAUAAGUGUAGUUUUCAUAUUUGUAAAUGCAUAAAGUUAUUGGAUGUUUUCCUUACUGCUGUGGUGGUUCAGUUUUAGUCAUAAUGUCACCAACAUUUUUUCUGUACCUCCACCGUUUUGGGCAGGGUCUUUGUGGCAUAACAUAAAAGUGUGAGGCAAUCACUUCCCCUUUUUUGUACCGCAUAAGUCAAACAACUGAAUGUUAACCUCAGCCUGAGAGUGGCAGAUGUUCGUAUACAACUGCCACCUAAACUGCAUGGCGUUGAAGCCACGGUACCACAGUCUGUUGUUUGCAGAGUGGAGUGAUGCCACCACAGGUCCCACCUUGGUCUGACCUGCCGUCCUAAUGCACAUACUAGGAGGAAGACAAAAGACAAGGUAAUUCAUUCAUUCAUUUUCUACCGCUUAUCCUCACGAGGGUCGCGGGCGUGCUGGAGCCUAUCCCAGUGGAAUCCCGGUGGAAUCAAACUCGGGUCUCCUAAGUGUGUGGCCUGCGCACACAAGGUUUAUGAUAUUCUUUAUUGUUAUUUUCAUCAUGGUGCUACACAUUUAAGGUGACAUUCAUAAAUCAUAACAGGAAAUCCCUCUGGUCUGGCACCUUUGUAGCCUCGUUAACGUCUGAAGUUACACAAAGUUGCAGAUUUGGUUUUGACACUGCAGUGUUUAUACGAUUGAAGUAUUUUCCCAUUGCAUAUUUUUUAUCUUGUGUUAUUUUUUUCUCUAUUUGCUGCAAGUUUGCCGCUGUGAGCUACUGCAAAUUUGUCUUUCUUCUCUUCUUUUUUCCUUAAUUUUAGUCUGCCAUUCCACGUGUAGUAACUAACUGUGAGUGUGCACUAAAUGACAGAGGAACUAUAAAAUCAGGCCACCAUCUCUGUGGGUGAAAGUCUUCAUAGGCCUAAAGAGGAAGGGAGGUUCUUGGUUUACCGGCAGGAGGAAGACAGAUUACUGUUACGCUGUGCUGUUUCCUGCUGUAAUCACACCACGGAUAAAGAAUCAUUUAUGAUAUGACUAUUUUUGGCAUCAAAUGCACACACAAAACUAGUUGAUUUAUGGCUGUUUUCAUGUGAUGGAAGGAAUGAUGCUGAAUGCAUCCCGGUCAUGGAGCGGCUCCUUGGCGACCACAUCAUGCGACCACCAUAUGAUAGAGUGGGAGGAGCUCAUGGACAAAAUGUACACAUACUUCUACCUGCUGCUCUUCAUCCCAGGGUUGCUACUCAAUACCAUAGCUUUGUGGGUCCUCUGCAGACACGUCAGAAAGAAGACCAAGACGGUGAUCUUCAUGAUCAACUUGGCCUUAGCAGACCUGAUCCACACCCUCUCUCUGCCACUCAGGAUUUAUUAUUACUUGACACAUACAUGGCCUUUUGGACAUAAUAUCUGCUUGCUAUGCUUCUACUUAAAGUACCUCAACAUGUACGCAGCCAUUGGAUUCCUGAUGUGCAUCAGUGUGCAGAGGUGUGUCUUCCUGCUCCACCCCUUCGCCACUCGAAGGUGGAGGAGCCGCUAUGACCUCGCCAUCAGCGUCCUAGUGUGGGUGCUGGUCGGUCUCGCCUGCUCCCCUUUCAUCAUCAUGCGGGCGAGCAGCAGUGACUCUCCCACAUUUGGAACUUCUCAGGCUGUCUUCAACACAUCCGCUUUCCUGCAUGCCACCUCCACCCAACGGCCCGCAGCUUACAUCACGCACAACGUGACGUCUUUGAACCAACCACCGAGCGCCAAUGCAGCACAAGUCCGCUGUUUUAAAGACUUGCCUAUGCGCCGCGUUCCCGUCCUUCUGGCUGUCACCUUGAUGGUGCUGGCUGAGCUGUUUGGUUUCCUGAUUCCUUUGGCGUCCAUUAGCUGUAGCUCCAUCUGCAUCAGCCGCUCCCUCUACCACAACCAGGCAUCAGACAACUCGCUGAGGCAUCGCUCCUCAUUCACCAGCGCUGACAACAACAACCAUGACAGGCAGCAAAGUACCGGGGAGAAGCGGCGUGCCUUGAGGAUGGUGCUGAGCUGCUCUGUCGUCUUCCUGUUGUGCUUUGCCCCGUACCACAUGAACUUCCUGUUGUAUCUCAUGGUACAGCAGGACCUUGUAUCAGACUGUGCCUUCAGGCUGGCUGUGCUCCAAUUCCACCCCGUGUCUCUGUGUCUGGCCAGCCUGAGCUGCUGCCUCAACCCUCUGCUCUACUACUUCCUCACUGCAGAAUUCAGGCUGCACCUUAGCAGGCGCUCGUCCACGUCAGUCAGCUCCCAUACGGCGGUCACACACAGAUUGUUGAGUUUUGAGAGUAGCUUUUGAGAAGCUGAGUGACUCAACUGAAAUAAAACACGUGAGGAUGAACACAUCUUGACGCAUUUUGUGGGACUAACGAGAUCAACGUCAAGAUCAACUGACCGAAACAUUCUUUGACCUUAAAUCCUCCCUGGGGAGCUCAGGAAAGGAAACGGCAGUCCCAGCAGAUGUUCUCUACUGGUGGUCAGCUCAUCUGAUUUUAACUAUCUGGAACUCUGAAAUAUGUUAGCCCGACGACAAUCUACAAAUAAAGCUUUUU